UCAAAAGUCACAGAACUCGCUUACAGUAUACUUAGCCAAAAACUAGUCUAUAUUCCUCAUUUAUAUAAACAUCAAGAACCAAAAUUUUGUCUCCGUAUACCUUUGAUUACAAUCGACAAGCAAUAAUAGGUUAUCAAAAUCAAGAAAAUGUGUAGAGGAUGUCCAAGUUGUCUCAACAUCAUGUGUUUGAGAAAGAAGCAGCAGAAGAAUAAGAAGAAGGAGCAGAGUAAGAAACAACACACACCUGUGAAAACAGAGGAUAUGGUUGAGCCACUAGGAAUAAAAGAUGAUGAAGAAGAAAGCCUGGACAAGAAGAUGAACAUCACGGGAACAAUGGGAUAUGUCCGGCCUGAAUAUAUGUCUACUAAUGACAGUUUUUAUCGAAAACUUGGGGAAGGUGAUUCUUCUUCAUCCUUGAAAAAUGAUUUCAACAAAGUGAAGACCUUUGAUUUACGAGGAGUGAAAAAAACAGAGGAGAAGUAAGGAAAAAGUUGGGACUUGAUGAGCUUUAUAGAUUACUUUCUUUCUCAAUAUUGUAAACUUGUAUUGAGCCACUGGCCUCUACUUUUACCUACUUGAUUACAUGUAUGCUAUGUCAGACUUAGUUCAAAGAUGUUUUCAAAAUCAAGAAUAAAAUCAAAGUGUUUAGCAGCAGAGGCCUGAGAACAAGUAAAAACCACAAAUAUAGUAUUUAUACGUAAAG